AUGGAAUUCAAUGGGGCUGACUCCAUGAGCUUUCGGACAGACCAUGUUCCCAGGAAGCUGGGGACGGCCGGGCAGCCGCGCGGGCUCCGCCACCCCGGGGAGCUGGAAUUGGUAACGCGGCCCAAGCUGCAGCCGGCGGGACCCCCUCCCCAGCCCCCCAGAGAGGCGUCCACGGCCGGGGGCGGCGGCGGCGGCAGCGUCCUCACCACCAGCUUCACCAGCACUUCGACGACGAGGAGCAGCAGCAGCAGCUCCGGGUCCAGCAGCACCAUGGACCUCUCCUUCAUGGCUGCGCAGCUUCCAGUUAUGGGAGGAGCCUUUAUGGACUCACCCAAUGAGGACUUUAGCACAGAAUGCUCCUUGUUUAAUUCGUCCGCCAAUGUCCACGCAGCCACUUCGAUGCCGAGCCAACCAGAAGAGGCAUCCCGUUCGUCAAAUGACACCAUUUUGUUAUGGAUUGCAAUUAUAGCCACCAUUGGGAACAUUGUAGUUGUCGGCGUUGUGUAUGCCUUCACAUUCUGAGAAGACAGGUGGACGUCCUGGGCUUCACCAUCACUCAUGAACAUGGAUUGAGGUUUUAGUAUCUAAUCUUCCCCCUGGACUGGAAUUUUCAAAAUGGAUUUGUAUAUAAAUGCCUCCUUCCACCUUACAAGGAGGCCAUCUUAUUCUCUUGCUCUCCAGAGGCAAGUAAGCAUCCAGCUCUGGUCUAAAUUUAUUUAAAAAUGGGAAGUGCAACUUUGUUUUAGUUGUUUUCAAAGCCCUACAAGUCAAGUGCAUGUUAUUCACAGAAAUGUCAUAAUCGACUUCAUUGAUAGCGGAGGAAACUGAUUUAAUUUUUCAGUGCCUCAUCAGUGGGAGAAAGAAAGCUGUGCUAUCUAGAAAUGGGAAUUUGAAAAGACCCUAGUUAUGCAAGGGUGGAAGUAUAAGACCUUAAAAUGGAACAGAAAUUUGCAAUCAUAUUGUU